AUGUCCAACCUCUUCUCUGGGAUAAACGCUCGACUUCGAGGCGGUUCAGCUAAACCGUCGGGCCAGAAGAGCCCAUCCCCAUCGACAGGUAGCCAGCCUCUGCCUUCUGACACGGCAUCGCAAGUUAAUCAGUCGUCCACAAACACUGCUCCCAAAGUUCCACCGUUGCCGAACUCUCCAUCUCUCGCUCAGACCAUUGGCAUGGACGAAUCCAGCGGCGUCAUAGCCAGCGGAGACGACGUCAUCAACUCCUACACCUUACCCCGACCUCUCCCUCUCUGGCUCAAUGCCAAUUACGUCAAACAUAUUGUCAAGGGAAACUUCAUGACCUUGAGCGCACGACCAAAGACAGUGGAACAGGGCGAAUGGAUAGCUCAUCAAGUUGUUGAGCAUUACCGAAACCUGUGGAAUUUCGUGCGCGUUGUGCAUGAAAAGGAGGAGGAUGGCACGAGCAUUUGCAAUCCAAAAACUUGCCCUCGCAUGUCCGCAGGAGCUAAUCAUUCCUUUACCUGGCUGAACAAUAGGCGAGAGCCCGUUGAGCUCCCCGCCUACGAGUACAUGACUCUGAUGCAAAGAUGGAUCUCUGGGAAGAUUGAUGACACGGCCAUCUUUCCUACAGAUCCCUCAGGCGUGUCAUACGCCCACAACCCAAGCAUCACCACCACGCCACUGUCGCAACUGUCCAACCCGGGUGAGGCUGAUUAUAUCGGUAAACGAUCGGGCUUCCCAGACAAAUUCGUGGAAGUUUGCCAGAUGAUCUUUCGCCAAAUGUUUCGCGUCUAUUCCCACCUGUACUGGGCGCAUUUUACGGAACCGUUCUACCACCUGAACCUCGAGAAGCAAUUGAACAGCUGCUUUUCUCACUUUUUGCUGACAGCCACAGCUCUAGACAUGCUAAAGCCUCGGGAGUUGGAGCCAAUGCAAGCCCUUAUCGACCUCUGGGCGGCCAAUGGAACUUUCCCGCCGGAGUCCAAGGCUUACGAAUAUGCCAACUUGCGUGCUGGUGAACGAUUCCUUCAGCUUUCCGGCGUGUCUCAAUAG